GAUAUUCAAUAAAAUAACACGAUAUUUUCGCAUGUGUGUGGGCAUCGAAAGCGAUUUUAUACGACUGAAGAUUUCCCCGUCUUUUUUGGUUUUAAGCAAACGUGAAGUGAAAUAGGAAAUGUCAACUACAGAUAUUAAAAUGGAAUCCAGCAACGAGAACACAACUGUGAACAAUGUAUUGAAAAAGCUUCCUCACACCGGUGUUGCUAAUGAAGACGAAGCUGUAGUACCUAGCGAUGUAAGAGCCAAUGCUGAUGAGAUGACCUCACGGGACUACUACUUUGACUCCUAUGCACAUUUUGGUAUUCACGAGGAGAUGCUUAAAGAUGAGGUUCGGACUGUCACAUACCGCAACGCUAUGUACCACAAUAAGCAUCUUUUUCAGGGGAAGAUUGUACUUGAUGUUGGCUGUGGGACAGGUAUCCUUUCAAUGUUUGCUGCUAAAGCUGGUGCAUCUAAAGUCAUUGCGGUGGACUGUUCAAAUAUUAUAGAAUUUGCACGACAGGUUGUUAUAGACAACAACUUGCAAGACAUUAUAAAAGUGGUAAAAGGAAAAAUCGAAGAAAUAGAACUACCAAAUGGAAUCGACAAGGUUGAUAUAAUAAUAUCAGAGUGGAUGGGGUACUGCCUCUUCUAUGAGUCUAUGUUGGAUACAGUGCUCUACGCGCGAGAUAAAUGGCUUAAACCUAGUGGAAUGAUGUUUCCUGACAGAGGUACGCUUUUUAUUACUGCCAUAGAGGAUCGUCAGUAUAAGGAUGAGAAGAUUAAUUGGUGGGACGAUGUGUAUGGUUUUGACAUGAGUUGCAUUCGAAAAGUUGCUGUCACUGAGCCCCUCGUGGAUGUCGUUGAUCCAAAACAAGUGGUAUCGACGGCCUGUAUGGUAAAGGAAGUUGACCUGUACACCGUGCAGAAGGCAGAUCUGAACUUUUCGUCAAAAUUUAGUCUAACCAUUAAGCGAAAUGAUUUUGUUCAAGCAUUGGUCACAUUUUUCAACAUUGAGUUUACAAAGUGCCACAAGCGACUUGGAUUCAGCACAUCGCCAGACUCUACAUACACACACUGGAAGCAGACUGUCUUUUAUUUGGAUGAUCACAUGACUGCGAAGAAAAAUGAAGAAAUAACUGGCACGUUUCAAAUGAAACCGAAUGAAAGGAACAAUCGUGAUUUGGACUUUGUAAUUGAUAUAAAUUUCAAGGGUGAGCUAUCGGAGAUUCAUGAAACGAAUACAUACCGUAUGCGCUAGCUUUCUGAUUUUCUAUUAGCAAUUUGCGCCACCUUAAAAUAGGACAACGACAAAGAAGAUUUUUUCCAGUGCGAAAUGUGCAACAACAUUGUGUUGUGUCUUGCUAAGUUUAAAGUUCACCUAUUAUUAGUAUGUAAAAUCUAAUAUUUUGAAAUUUGUGCGCUUGCUUAAAUU